GGGGAAUUGGUUUCUGCCAGCAUUUACCGCCUAUUUUUACAACGUGUUUUGAUUGGCCUGGAUGUUUGGGCAAAACCAGCAGCAUAUCGCCGUCGUUAGGGAUCCCCCUAGACAGCUCACACGACAAGACAAAACCAUCCCUAGACAAACCACAGCCGUUGCAAUGGCCUCAAGAAUACUCUCAUCUGGGGCGCGAGCGCUCACGAGCGGCAUGCCUGCCGUCCGAAUGACCCGAAACUUCCAGACAUCGGCGCGACGACUCGACGCCGUGGCGGCAUCCCCGUUGCCGGCUCGUAAACCCGUUGGAGCAUUUCGGGGAGGUCUCUUCGGCUUCUUCAUGGGCAGCACCUUGGCGGGUGGCGGCGUCUACUAUUACAUCCUACAGGAGUACAAGAUGUCGAACGAGCUCUUGACGGAAGAUAUCUACGCCCUCCAAGGUGCGGUCGAGCGCGUGAGUAAAUAUCUGACGGCGUUGGAGGAGAAGGUGGAUUCUCUGGAGAGGAAGAAGAAAUGAUCAUGACACUACACGCUCAGGAGUUGAUGGUGGCUGGAUGAGCUGUCGGGGGUUACACAGGAAAUGAUCGCAAACUGUACAUUACGGCAUAAUGCUCUACAGGAAACAGAAAACAGGCAUAUCAAUAACAAGCAUG